AGACUGCUCACUUGGCGGGUUGAGUGCAAGAAAACAACUUGAGACUUGAGAGCACAACCGCCAUUUGAGUUCUUCAAACACUGCUGGUGAUUUCAUACAGGCAACCUCUCAGCUGAAAUGGCAAACAUUGCAGAUAUCCAAGUCAAGGAGCUGAACAAACGUGCGUCGGGUCACGCGUUUGAGCUCAUCCUGAGACCCACCUCUCCUGACGCAAAAGUGCCAUUUCCACAGUCCCCUGUCAAAAAGAAGGCGACAUCGUUGGAUGAGAUUAUGAAGAAGCUGGAGGCUGCUGAUGAGAGACGCAAGAACCAUGAGGCUGAAUUACUGAAAAACCUCGCGGAGAAACGAGAGCACGAGAAGGAAGUGAUCCAGAGAGCCAUAGACGAAUGCUGCAACUUUACCAAGAAUACACAGGAGAAGCUUACUCAGAAAAUGGUGGCUGCAGAAGAGAGGACACAAGGUAAGUUCAGAAACAACAUGAAUUGAUGGAGUAAUGCAAGCCACAAACACACAUUGCUACAUUAGUCAAAUACUGGACAAGUUAAACAAAAAUACAAUGUUGUCUUUUUGUGAGACCC